CCGCCUUAUCGGACAGCUGUGUUGCUGUAUUCUUCAGCCAGUGAAUGCCAGGCGUUUUCAUUUCAUCUGAGAAGUCAGUGUUUCCUUGAUAUGACUUUUGGGGCCGGAGGUCAUACUACAGCUCUUCUUGAGAAAGCCAGCGAUAUUACGAUAUAUGCACUAGACAGGGACCCCGCAGCUCAUAAAAUAGCUCUGCAGCUUUCGGAAUCUUACCCGAAACAGAUUAAAGCUCUUCUAGGACAGUUUAGCCAGUCAGAGGCUUUGUUAAUCUCAUCAGGAGUUGAGCCUGGAACUCUAGAUGGAGUUCUCCUGGAUGCUGGAUGUUCCUCUAUGCAAUUUGAUACACCUGAAAGAGGUUUUUCCCUGCAGAAGGAUGGACCUUUGGACAUGAGGAUGGAUAGUGACAGGUACCCUGACAUGCCCACUGCUGCUGAUGUUGUGAAUGCUUUAGAUCAACAGGCACUUGCGUCCAUCCUGAGAACAUACGGGGAGGAGAAGCACGCCAAGAAAAUCGCUUCAGCCAUCGUUCAGGCACGCAGCAUAUAUCCCAUCACCAGAACUCAGCAGCUUGCAAGCAUUGUUGCAGGUGCUUUUCCAGCAUCAGCGUUGUAUGCACGAAAAGACCUGCUUCAGAGACCGACGCACGUUGCUACCAAAACUUUCCAAGGCCUGCGGAUAUUUGUAAACGAUGAGCUUCAUGAACUCCUUAUAGGGCUGAAGACAGCUGAGAAGUUCCUAAAACCAGGAGGUCGUCUUGUAGCCCUCUCUUUUCAUUCUCUAGAAGAUCGUAUCAUCAAACGUUUUCUUCAUGGCAUAGACAUGGGAGAAAAGUACAAUCUUGGCUCAAGGCAGAAGAUAAGACAGGCUCUGAAAAAUUGCUCCAAAGAAGAAGAUACACAAGAAAUUCCCCAUGGAAAAUCCAACUCAAAGUGGACUUUUAUACAGAAAAAAGUUCUCACACCCCAGGCCAAGGAUAUUCUAACAAACCCAAGAGCGAGGUCGGCCAAGCUAAGAGCUGCUGUUAAACUCUGAAAUAAAAAUGAAUCGUUAUAUAAUUGUGUGAUUUCCUACAAUUUCAUUUUUGGGAGGACUAACUGGACAGAUAUUAUCAAACAGGAAAAUAAAAUGGAAAAGACUGUUAGAAAACAUUUUUUCCAUCAUUGUGCUUCUUUUUGAUUAGGGUGUAAAGUAGAACAUCAAAAGGUAAAGUAAUAAAAUAAGUAAAAUAAAUUAUGUGAGUGGGUGUUACUGAUUAUACGUAACGUGUAUCUCUUUAAAAAGGACAAGAACGAAAGCUUUUGUAAAACAGUUUUAAUACAUUUAAAAUAUUUCCUUUAUACUCAGCUCAGACUCUGACAUUGCCAGCCUAAGUUCAGUUGCUGAUUGAGACGGACACAUUUUUAUGGCUGUUGAUGUCACACAACAGAGUCAACUGACUGUUUUAGUCUAGUGUGUGUUUUUAAACUAGCCUAAGAAUUCAAGAUAUAAAAAUAUUCUUGAUAUAAAUCUGUGUGUUGAUUUGCUGAAUGAACAUGUGUAUGACAGUAGUUUGACCUUAAAUAAAUUGAUAUCAUACCCUUAUGCCUAA